ACAGAAGGCGUACGCGUUAAAAUCGCGUGGAAAGAAAAUCGUCCCUCUAUUCACUUUCCCUCCCAGUUUCUCACCAUAACAGUGAGAAAAGGUCCGCAUCUCUUUAGGAACCAUCCUUCUUCAAAUUCUUUGAAUUUUUUUUAGGUUGAGAUUCGCACUUUUUGGACCCGACUGUUAGAUAUUCCAGACACAUAAGGUUUAAGAAUCUGGAAAAGGAAGGAUUUUGGAGUAAUUAGGGUUUCUUUUUUUCGUGGUUUAAAUUUUGUGAUGUUGGUGGCGGAGAGCAACAAGAUGUUUGACGAUUAUUUUGGAAAUGAGUUGGGUGAAGAAUUGUCGAUCGAUAUGGGGGAGUUGUUGGAUAUACUCGAAGAAAAGGAGCCUGUUCUAGUGCAGAGUAGUCCAGAAGGUUCAUCAAUAAAGAAUUCAUCACAAGAAGAGUCAGUCGUGGAGGAUGGAAAUCACGAUCAUUUGCAGAUUCGAAGUGGAUACCAAGUUGAUUUCAUGGUUCCUGCUACAGCUUACCCUUCAUAUGACUUGAAGGCUUCAGAUGAUCAAAAAGGGAGUUCAGGUGAUUAUCAUAGCAAGCUUCAACACACAGACCAAACCUGCUCUCCUGUACAAACUUGCUCUGCUAGUCUUAAUGACUGGUUCCCGCCAACUUCAGGGACUUGCUGUGGUGAAAGGGUUAAAAUAUCUUUAUUUGAGACACCUGCUUGUACUACAGCCUCUAGUUUUUCUGAAGGAGACGGUAAACAAUCUUUUUACCAUAGCGAUAAUAUGGGUUUUGAUGUGCUGGAGGGUGCAGCCAGGAUUCAGUUUGGGCAUGUGGGAAGUCAAAUUGAUUCCAAAUUUGUAGAUGCUUCACACAGCCACAUCAUGGAGAACAAUGUAAAAUAUGAACCUUCUGGUGGUAUGAAAGGAAAUAGGUUGGGAUCAUUAGGAGUACUGGAAAAUAAUGAGUAUUCAUUUGAACACGUACUGUUCAGGGAUGCAGAUGUGGCUUCACAUAAUGUGGCUUCAACUGAUUCUACCAUCUGUCAUAAUUCGGAAGUUAUUAGUGACGUUGAUGAGCGUUAUUCAACUAUGCAAUAUUACAUGAAUACAAAUAAUACUUUUUUUGAAGAUCUAUUGAGUUUCAAUUUCCAGUCUAUGCCCAGUAAUGAAGAAAUUACAACUAACAGAAGCAAUCAGGGGGAGUUUCCAACAGAGAGUGCUUGCUCAAGUAGUAGGAUGGCUGUAAAUGCUCAAGAUUUUAGACAUGAAGUAAAUAAUUACUUUUCACCAAUCUAUGGAAAUUCUCUGGUAAAUGUAGACAGUAGAAUUUUCGAUAGCAAGGAAUCUACGUCACUCGGUUAUUCUCAUUCACAUUUUUCUAACAUGAAACAAUCUGGUUGUGUAAAAGAUGAAGGAAAUGAUGAACUGAUUGCCUCUAGGAGCAUGAUCAAUGGUUCUGUUGAACUGGUUGAUGAAGUUGUCAGUAGACAUUCUUCUUAUCAUGAUGGUGACAGUUUUUUUGAAGGCUUAGAGCAGUUCUCUACUGAUGUAGCACCUUCUUUGUUGAGUCAGAAGAAUGGAAUUCAUGCUAAGGAGAAAGAAGGCAUUAUUAUUGAAUCUGAGAAAUCUCGCGUUUGUCAAGAAGCCAUUGAUGGAAGUUCUGCUAGGUCUCUCAUUGAUUGUGGAGAUUUGAGUUUACAUAUAAAUUCCUCAGGCCAAUAUUUUCCAGGUUCUCAGGUGUCUGCAUCGAACAAGAAACAUUUAAGUUGUUUUAAGGAAGAGGAGGUUGAACUGAAUAAACCUCGGAACAUUGAUUCCAAUAUUCCAAAAGUGAGUCCUGAGUCAAUUCAUAGUAAUUCCUCUGAUUGCAAAUCUCUUGUUGAUGAUGGCCCUGAUAUAUCUAUACUUGAAGAUAUCAGUCAACCUGCACGCUCUAAUCAAUCUGGAGCACUUGGAAAGAGUUUUAAUGUGAAUCAAGCUUCUUGUUCAAAUGCAUUUGGAAAGCCUAUUGUUACAACGUGCCGCACUAGUGAUUCCCUGAAUUAUACUGGAGUUCCCCAAACUGGAUUUGGAGGUGUGAGGCUUAGGGCAUUUGAUGAGCGGUUAAUUUUUCAAGCUGCAUUGCAGGACCUUUCCCAGCCCAAAUCUGAAGCUAGUCCACCUGAUGGUGUGUUGGCAGUGUCUCUUUUGAGACAUCAGCGAAUUGCUUUGUCAUGGAUGGUCCAAAAGGAGACUUCUAGCUUGCACUGUUCAGGAGGAAUUCUUGCAGAUGAUCAGGGACUGGGAAAAACAGUAUCAACAAUUGCACUUAUUCUUAAGGAAAGGCCUCCUACUUUUAAAGCAGAGAAUGUUAACAAAUGUAAACUGGAAACUCUAAAUUUGGAUGAUGACGACGACGAUGGUAAUGGAGCUCAUGAGAAUGAUGGAAUAAAGAGAGAAUCUGACUACUCUCCAGAUGGAAUAAAGAAAGACUCUGAUUACUCUCCAGUUAUGUCCAAUGGGAGUACAGGAAAGAGUUUAAACACGGUUGGAGAUGCCAGGGGAAGGCCAGCUGCGGGAACUCUUGUUGUUUGUCCGACGAGUGUGUUGCGGCAGUGGGCUGAAGAGUUGCGCAAUAAGGUAACAAGCAAAGGAAAUCUCUCUGUUCUGGUGUACCAUGGAAGCAAUCGAACUAAGGAUCCUUUUGAGUUGGCAAAGUAUGAUGUGGUAAUUACAACAUAUUCAAUAGUUAGCAUGGAGGUCCCGAAGCAGCCCCUUGUUGAUAAAGAAGAUGAUGAUAAGAAAAUAAAGGCAGAAGAUGAUUGCGAUUCACCAAUGUUUUGGUCUGGCAAGAAAAGAAAAUACCCAACUAGUUCUGACCAAAAGGGUAUGAAACGCAAGAAAGGAGUGGAUGGUAUGCUUCUUGAGAUGGCUGCUGGACCUCUUGCAAAAGUUGGAUGGUUUAGGGUUGUCUUGGAUGAGGCCCAAAGCAUAAAGAAUCACAGAACUCAAGUUGCUAGGGCUUGUUGGGGUCUCCGUGCUAAACGUAGGUGGUGCUUGUCAGGGACUCCCAUUCAGAAUGCCAUCGAUGAUCUUUAUAGCUACUUUCGAUUUCUCAGAUAUGACCCUUUUGCCUCCUACAAGUCAUUCUGUGCUACAAUAAAGGUUCCAAUUUCUAAAAAUCCAGUGAAAGGUUACAGAAAGCUGCAAGCUGUCUUGAAAACAAUUAUGCUGCGUCGAACCAAAGGCACUCUUCUUGAUGGGAAGCCUAUUAUCAACUUGCCACCUAAAGUAAUUGAACUUAAACAAGUGGAUUUUACACAGGAGGAACGUGAUUUCUACAAUCAAUUAGAGAUCGAUUCACGUGAUCAGUUUAAGGAAUAUGCGGCUGCUGGAACUGUAAAGCAAAACUAUGUUAACAUUUUAUUGAUGCUCUUGCGCCUUCGUCAAGCGUGUGAUCACCCUCUUCUUGUCAAGGGUUUUAAUUCAAAGUCGUUGUGGAGAUCCUCAGUUGAGAUGGCUAAGAAGCUUCCUCGGGAGAAACAAAUUUGCCUUCUCAAUUGUUUAGAAGCUUCUUUGGCAAUUUGUGGCAUUUGCAAUGAUCCCCCUGAAGAUGCUGUUGUGUCAGUCUGUGGUCAUGUUUUUUGUAAUCAGUGCAUCUGUGAACAUCUUACCGGUGAUGAUAGUCAGUGCCCCACAACAAAUUGUAAAUUUCGGCUUAGUGUGUCUUCAGUUUUCUCAAAAGCUACAUUAAACAAUUCUCUCUCUCAGCAGAUUGGCCAGGACAAUUCUACUGAUUGGUCUGGUCCUGCUUUGGCUGAGGCACUAGAACCUUGUCCUGAAAAUUUCUCAUCAUCCAAAAUAAAGGCUGCUAUUGAGGUCCUGCAGUCAAUGGCUAAACCAAGGGAAUCUGCACUAACGAGUAGUUCAUUACAUAAUUCUUUUGAUGAUAGCACAUGCUUCCCAGAAGAUUCAUAUAACCUUCGUGUAGGAGAUUCACUUAGCAGUGUUCAUGAUGAAAAAAGAUUGGUUGCAGAGAAAGAUAUAAAGGAUUCUAUUAAGGUAGUUGGACAGAAAGCAAUCGUGUUUUCACAGUGGACAAAAAUGUUGGAUUUGCUUGAAGCUUGUCUAAAGGAUUCUUCCAUCCAGUACAGAAGACUAGAUGGAACUAUGUCUGUUGUUGCCAGAGACAAAGCUGUAAAGGAUUUUAACACCCUCCCAGAGGUGGGUGUCAUGAUCAUGUCUUUGAAAGCUGCUAGUCUUGGAUUGAACAUGGUUGCUGCUUGCCAUGUUCUGCUCUUGGAUCUAUGGUGGAACCCAACAACUGAAGAUCAAGCAAUUGAUAGAGCACAUCGUAUUGGACAGACUCGACCAGUUACGGUUUUGCGGUUAACAGUGAAAAAUACAGUUGAAGAUCGUAUUUUGGCUCUCCAGCGAAAGAAGAGAGAGAUGGUUGCAUCAGCAUUUGGAGAGGAUGAUGCUGGUGGUGAACAGACUCGCCUUACAGUGGAUGACUUAAAUUACUUGUUUAUGGUGUGAUUAGGAGUUAACCAGGUUUGGAAGAUACCAUUUCUCUGAUCCAUAUACAGUUCUAUAGGUCCUUGUUCAGAAUCUGCAGUUGUCGCAGUGGUAGCUCUUUAGAGAAUCGAAUAUAGCUACACUAGAGUUUCUGAAUCAAAAGUAGUAGGGGAAAGCACUUUAUAGAAGGCUAUGCCAAUAGUCAUGAGAUUCACAUGAUUCUUUUUCUUGUCUUAAUUUUUUUUAACAAUUGAGCUUUCACCCUGUUCUUACCCCCAAUCAGUUUGUAUAGUAUGUGAAGGUCAAUAGUAUAGAGUUAGUGAAAUUACAGAUGGACAUUCUUUCUUUUAACAUGUAAAUGAUAUAGGGUUUCUUUCUUUAACAGCCCUUUUCUUUGUUGCUUGUAUCUGAUACAUAGAUGACAAAUUUAAUUUUUGGGUAGAAUUUGGUUAUAUUAGUGCAUUGUUUGUAUGCUUUUUUUUAAUCUGAGAGUAGAAUGACAGUAGUUCUUUUGUUAUGUUAAAA